AUGUUACACGCAGUCCCCAAAUCCAAAAUCAGUCAUUCAAGAAAAGCAAUGAGAAGUGCAAACAAAGGUCUAAAGGACCGUGUAGAUUUCGUUCAUUGCCCUGCUUGCGGAAAGCCAAAACUUGCCCAUCAUAUUUGCGCACAUUGUUAUAGCUUCAUCUCACGUACACAAAAACAAGAAGCUCGAUUAGAACAAAAUCAAUCUGCCAAGCAAGAACAAGGGCAGCAAGAGUAG